GCAUUCCGUGGCCGCUGAUUGGAUCUGAUGGCGACGGGGAGGGUUUUUUUUCCCAGCUCCGGCUGUCAGAUUGGCAAAUUGAGGAUCGAGUUGCUGUGGCUGCAGGUAGGGAGACGGGAUAAAGCGAGAACACCACCAAACAAAUCGAAAAACGAGAAGGCUGUUUUUUAAUUUUUACAUACAUUUAUUUUAAAGUAGUGGAAAACAAGGACCCGUUUCCGAAGAGGAAAGCAGCGUUAAAGCGGAGAAAAAUCUCGGAGCACGGGAAGUUCCAGUGUGCAAGAGUGAAUUUUUGGGGGGGGCGCACGGGUUUUCCAAGGAAUUUAAAAAGAUCCCCGUCUGCCUGCUAACCACCCCAGCACAAAGCAUGAAACCUGUGAAAAGGGUCCUGGAAGAGGAACGCGUCCAGGAGCCCGAGUUCACAGUGAUGUCGGACAGUGACCCGUGUGAGGAUGACGGGGGCAGCAGCUUCCCCUUGGACCUGUCGGGCGGCUCGGGCAAGAGGCGUCGCCGCGGAAACCUGCCCAAGAAGGCGGUGCAGGUCCUGCGAGACUGGCUGUAUGACCAUCGUUUCAACGCUUACCCCUCUGAGCAGGAGAAACUGAGCCUGUCUGGGCAGACGGGCCUCUCUGUGCUGCAGAUCUGUAACUGGUUUAUCAACGCGCGGCGCCGUCUGCUCCCGGACAUGCUCAGGCGGGACGGCAAGGACCCAAACCAGUUCACCAUCUCACGACGGGGGGGCAAGAUCACUGAGCCCAGGACGGGAGGUGCACCCAGCUCUCCGGAAACAAGCCCGGCCCUCCUAGCUGCCCUGCGCCCGUCUGUCAUUCAGCCUGCCCCAUACCUGGACCUCAACAUCCUGGGGAGCACAGCGACGGCCAUCUUGAGUGGGGCAAACUUCUCCACCGCGCCCGCCAUCUUGAGCAGGGCAAACCAGCUGAGCACGGUGACUGUAUUGAGCAAGACGGGCUCUUCUUCCGACACAGCAGGCAUCUUAGGCAGGGCAGACUCUGUGAGCCCGACCGGAGGACUGUUUAACACGCCGCCCCCUACACCUCCGGAGGUGUGUCUGCAGGACUUCAGCGACUUCCGGUUACUGGUUGAGGUAGCCCUGCAGCGAGCGGCUGAGCUGGAUAACCUGCGGCAGAGUGGGCCAGGGAUGGUCGGUGCCGAGAGUGAAGCGAGCAAGGCAGGGAAGAGUGAGCAGAGUAAGAGUCAGUGCAUGGACAGCGUUGACAAGGAGAAGGUCCAAAGUGUUAACGUGCCAGCUGUCCAAGGAAUUCAAACAUUCAGUGGAUCGAUGGCUGUGGAGAACAGAGCUGCUAGUGCACAACACGCCCAGAAUGUCCACUUCGUGAGGGUUGAUGAGAAGAGGCCGAAUGCCCGGGAGACUGUUGUUCGCGGGGUCUAUGAGCCGAGCGUUUGGACUAUUCACACACAGAGGGUCGUUCACUCGGAGAGCAUCCAGAGUGUUCAGGCACAGAGUUCUGUUGCAUGUGCGUGGAGCUCCCAGCACACUCACGCUGUGCGUGAAGCUGUGAACUAGGGCACAGGACCGUUGAGAAACCUGUGGCCAAGCUUCCUGUCUGCUGCUUACACUACUUUAUAGAAAAAAAGGAAGGAACACUUAUAAGUCUCCUAAGUAGAAAUGAUAAAUGGAGAAAGUCAAUUGCUGGUACUUUAAUGUGCACCACAAGCUGUUUUGAAAUGCUGUUGGAAAUGUGUCUUCCAAAAAAAAAACUUUACUCUGGAGUGAAAAGCAGACCUGGCCUGUUUUCUUUUUAAUCAGUGCAACAGAUACUGUGAACUGUUUAGAGGUGCUCUGUGUUUUUACAAUACAUCAGGGCUUUUAAAGAACUAUUUUUAGGGACAGGAUUCUUUUGAGUUUCUUCACCCUGUCUGAAACUCUCAUUCCAAAGGUAUUCUGUGAGUUACUUUAGGGGGACGGAUAUCGUUUGGAAUUUAUAAAAAUCUUUUUUUUUUUUUUUUUUUAAAUAGGAAUACCAAUGCACAGUAGUUGGGCGUCAUUCCAAGAUAAAUUUCUGUAGCCUCAAAGCAAAAUUACAUAAAUUGGGGAGGUUGGAAUUUUAUUUUAGUUCACCAAAUAGUUACCACCUCUGUUAUGGUGGUGUUAUGAAGGUCGGACACAGUCAUUAUGAAUUAUCAGAUGUCCAAUGAAAGUUUCUUUUCAAAUCUAUCAAGGUAGUAGAUAUUGCCUGCAAUCAUGCCCAUGACAAAAGCUGGUCUCAAAAUUGGGUACGCAGGAAAACUCGUGGAUUUGUGAGUGUUUUCAGGUGUAUAUAAAGUAAGCCUGAAAGUCGGCUGCAGUGUCACUACUUAAAAUCAUUAUUUGAAACCCACUAUUAAGAGAGUAAAAAUUCAAAAAGCUUCAGGUUACUCCAUCAAAGUUUACCCUUUCUUGCACCAUGUGCUAAAUGCAUUGACUUGUAUAGUUUGUGUGUGCAUGGAGUGUAACAGCCAUUCACUGGAGCUACUUUACCCAGCCCUAUAAUAAUGAAACUGAGACAGUGUUGUGGUAUAUUGGUAUAAAUACACAGUGGGCAGAGCAUGGUUUUAAUGAACCCUAAGACUGAUUUGCAUGAGUGGGAGUGAUGUGUUGACCUAGCCAGUGUGCAGGAGGGCUCAGUGUUGGAGCAGGUGCAUGGUGGGUAAGGAGGCUCCAGUCCUAAUCAUGCUUCUGCCCAUCUGUUUGUCUUGUGAUUAUCUGUCUCGCUACUGGAACAGAGUUGAAAAUGAAGUUUAAGGGUUGAGUUGUUUGUGCACCAGGUAUUAAAUGCUGUUAAAUGUGUGCUCAUUUGUGCUCAUUUCUACAGUAGAUGCCUACGUGAAAUUCAUGUGUUGCUUGUCAGGGCCCAUUUCGACUUGACCUCUCCUGUGCAUCUAAAAUAGUGGGUUGUAAUAUCCUGUUUUCAUAUGACCAAAAAAAAUACAUUUAAAGGACUCUGCAGUUUUCAUUUCUUUGCAUUUUAUAUUUUACUGGUGAUUUGUGCCUUUCUUCUGAAUUGGAGGUCACCUUUUGAACAAGCUGUUGAAUAGUGCAAUAUAGUGGGGAGAUUAGACUUCAUGAAAUUCCAUUUUUGUAGCCUUAAGUAUGUGAUCAAAUCUUUUUUUCAUACAUGUAACAAAUAAAAUUGAAUUCUUAA